AUGGCACACAAACACAAUCGCAGGCGGGUCCGCCCUCGCAAUCGCAACCAUACCUCUCUACACCCCAUUUUGGAGAUGCCCGACGAGCUCUUAGCACCGUCAGAUUCUUCUGCUCUGUUCCUGCCCUCAGCAAGCCCCGACCCAGAACAAUCUAUACUUCCCCAGAGACCGCGCGCUACGAAUCCUAGCGUUGCCUCGAGGCAUUGGUAUAAUCGAUAUGUUGCCUGGCAAAACCGCGACAAAGCUCAAAGACGAGAAGCUGCGAAGAUCGAGGCUGAACAGAUCAAACUGUUUGGAGGUUAUCCGGGAGAUGAUGUCGGACUCUGCUACAAAAUGAUGGAAGUGUUUGCAGGCAUGAAUUGGAUCGAUACGCUGGACUAG